UCUUUCUUUCUCUGCGUUUCCCAUCUUGAAUAUUAUUUUCAUUAUUUUUGUCGCUGUAAAAUAAAUAAAACCAUUCUAUACUUCGCGAUACGAUAUAAUGUGCCGUUUUGUACACAACGCAAGACCAAUGAAUUUAUACCCUAAUGUCUGUGUUAUCGUACAUUUGUGAUUACGGCUCCGAUUCAGAAGACACUGAUAGAGAACCUGAGGCCAAGCGCUCAAAAACUAAAUUGCCUGGACCUCGGUUGGAAGGAGUCAGAACCAUCAAGGGAGACGUCCAUGUGGAUGACCCCGAGCUGCACAAGGGCAGGACGCGCAGCUUCCCGCACGAGAGAGGCAACUGGGCUACGUUCGUUUAUGUAAAAUAUCCUGAAGAUUCAACCCUGUUAAAAUAUAUUGCGAAGAUAGAGACGGCUGCUGCAUCGGUGGCUCCAGUAGAACGGAUAGAAGAUGUACAUGUCAGUCUGUCCAGAACUGUUGUACUGAAGUAUCACAUGAUAGCAUCAUUUAAUUCUACUCUGAAAUCAGCACUGGACGGUAUACAGAGUUUUGACCUAGAGUUGGACUCUAUCAAAGUGUAUAGCAAUGAAGACAAAUCAAGGACAUUUGUUGCACUGAAAGUGGACCACUUCAGCAACAAGUUCCUGCUGCAGAUCAUGAAACAAGUGGAUCAGACUCUGAGGGAAUAUAAUCUGCCUGAAUUUUAUGAGGAUCCUUCAUUUCAUGCAAGCAUAUUGUGGACUAACGGAAAUAAGCAAGAAGAGCUUACAGAGUCACUGAAGCAUUUACAGAACCUAAGAAAUAACAUCACACUGGAACCAGUGUUUGUAGACAAGAUCUAUUGCAAAAUUGGCAAUAAACAGUAUCAGUACUUACUGGAUUAACAACAGUUAUU